AUGAGGGUUGGGGAGGGAGAGGAGGGGGCCAGGCUGGUGGCAGUGGCGCGCGUGGCAGCGGUGCAGCAACAAAGAGCAGGAGCAGGAGGGGCCGGGCCAGGAGCAGGAGGGGCCGGGCCAGCGUCGAAUGCGCAGCCGCAGGGGGCAGCCGCGGGUGGUGCUGAUGGGUCGGGCGCAGCAGGGGCAAGUACCUCCGCCGCUGCAGCUGGUGGUGCACCUGUGGGUGGGUCUGCGGGGGCUGGAGCUGCUGCUGUGAUUGCAAGCCAGAGGUCCGACAGGGCGGGCAGGACCCCUACCGGCGCGGAGCUGGACCCAUGGACUGAGGAGGUCCUUAGUAAUGCAGAGCCCGGGCUGGUUCGUGACAUGUUCAGUGAGAAGGAUGUGAACGAUGCUAGGACUUGCAAGAUUUGCAAGACGAAAAUUAGCUGGAAAGGGAGUUGCACGAGCACGGGGAAGAGACACCUCAAGAGGAGCCACUACCCUAGUCUGCAGAUCUGGUGUCGGCGUUUCAAGGAUCCAAACAAGCCAGACAACCUGACGUUUCCCGAUGGGGGAUGGGGUCCGGAUGUCCCCGACCAGACAGCGUGGCCUUGGGAGCAUGCAGCCACGUGGCUCAGGAUUGUACAGACACCCGAGGGUACGCCAGCCAGCGCAGUGACUGGCGGAGCCGCGGCUGGUGAGAGUAGGCAGAUGAGCAUGGGUGCAUUCGUCACGCCGCGUGUUCAUGGCCAGCAGUUGCGCGAGGGAUUGGUGCAGCUAUUUGCGGCAGCUGACCUUCCGUUUCGACUUGUUGAGUGUCGCGAGUUCAGGGCAUUUGUCCAGAUGCUGAACCCGGGAGCUGCGAUACUGCUCGGCUCAUGCCAUCGCUUGGCACGGGACAUGCUGGCAUACGGGGAGGCUGCUAGGGAGGACAUGCGGCAGCUAUUGGUGGGUGAUGGCCUGGCGGGAAGGAUGUCCCUCAUCUUUGACAUCUGGACCGGUGAGAAUAACGUGGCCUUCAUGGCGGUGACUGUCCACUAUGUCACCAGCAAUUUCCAGCUGAAACAGGCUGUUAUAGACUUCCGGGAGCUUAAGGGCUCUCAUACGGAGGACUUGAUAGCUGAUGAGCUGGAGGAGGUGUUGAGGGAGUGGGGCUUGGAGAAGAUGCUGUUCGCCGUGACGUGUGACAACGCCGAAAACAACAGCAGGGUGAUGCGUCUGCUGGCCGGUGUACCUGACGCCAGGCCGGGCUCGCGACCUAGGCACCCACCACUGCUCAGUCGCUGGAGGCACUUCGGGUGUGUGGCGCACGUCGUCAACCUUGCAGUGCAGGCUGCACUGAAGGUUGACGAGGUGGUCGAGCCACUCAAGAGGCUGCGAGAUGUGGCGAACUACAUCGGCUGGUCCAUGCUGCGCACAGAUCGUUUCUUCGAGCUACAGAAGGGAUACGCGGCGACCCGGCCCCAGGGUCCUCCGGGUUCGCGGCGAGCAUCGGGUCCGUUGCGCUUGAUCGUUGACUUGCCGACGAGAUGGGGUUCUACACUGAGCAUGGUGAACAGGGGCUUCGAGCUGCGUAUGCCCAUUGCCAUGUUCUUUGACGAUUCCGAUCCAUCCAUCAGCAAGGAGACUCGGAAGGCGUGGGACGCCAUCAGGUUGACGGAUGCGCACUGGGACGACCUCGCCGAGCUCCGAGACUUCCUCACCCCAUUCGAGCAAGUCACCCUCUUCGCCGAGGGUUCCCUGUACCCUACCCUCUCGGCCGUUGUACCGCAGUACAACGCGCUGAUUGACCUGCAGGAGAAGGCACAGCUCACUCCUGGCAUCUCCCCUCUGCGCUCAUCGCUGAUUACUGCUGCUCUGGAGAAGCUGGAGCGACACAUUGGGGGUGUGAGCGAGGAGGCAGCGAUAGCCACUUUCUUGGACCCGCGCCAGAAGCUCGCACCCUUCAAGCACCGAGCGAGGGCAGCGGAGGGGAAUUCGAGGGGGGCAACACUGGAGCUAGGCCCUGAUAGGGUGAAGGCCCUAGUACGGACGCGCCUUCCAGAGUACCAGGCAGCCAGCACCACGGCACAGGGCGAUGGUGGGGAGGUGACUAGUGCGAGGGGUGCAGGGGUGCAUGCGUCGGCGGGGGGCGGGGAUGUGGAUGCAUCAGCAAAUGUCAGCAUCCAGUCUCAGUUGUUCGCAGCGUGGGACGCCAUGGAGGCCGAAGAGGGGGAGGAUCCACAGGAUGAGGUGGAUUAG